GCCUUGGGAAGUGUUCACACAAAGCGUCAUGAUGUUCCGAGCAGUGGGAAUAUUUUUACUUUUUCUAUCUGGAUUAAUUUUCAUCACAAAACUUUACCCCGACCUGAACUCUUUAGUUUUGACUUUUGGUUGGAUAGUUGUGCUUGGAUAUGCGGCUAACAUUUUCACUCGCUGGAUACUUUCCACGAUACCGAGGCGAUUGGUUUUACCUCAUGGAAAAGCAGUCCUUAUAACAGGUUGUGACACCGGAUUUGGUCUCGGCUUAGCAAAACGCUUAGUUGCAUCUGGAUUCUAUGUGUAUGCUGGUUGUCUUUCUGAAGAUAGUGAAGGAGCACAAGAACUGGAGCAAAUGUCCGAUUCUGGACACAUCAAAGUCCUGAAAUUGGAUGUUACCAAACACGAUCAGGUCCAAGCUGUUGUACGUUCCGUUGAAGGAGAUUUGGGAGAUAAAGAUCUUUGGUGUGUGGUCAACAAUGCCGGAGUCGCUAUAUUUUCAGAACUUGAAUGGUGCAGCAUGUCCGUCAUUGAGCACAUGUUCAAUGUCAACGUUUUGGGAACCGUGAGAGUAACUAAAGCGUUUUUACCUCUGCUGCGGCGUUCGAAAGGACGCGUGGUAAUUGUUGCUAGUGUAGCAGGACAUGUAACGUAUCCAGGAUUUGUGUCAUACUCAAUGACUAAGCAUGCUUUGGUGUCAUUCGCUGAUGGAUUACGGAGGGAGAUGUUGAAGUGGAAUGUUGGAGUUUCAGUGAUUGAACCUUCUAUGUACAAGACUAGAAUUGCGCGAACUGACAUAUUGACUGGAGCACUGGACAAUUCUUGGCAAAAAACACCUGAUGCUAUCAAAGAAGCAUACGGCUUUCCAUACUACGAAGACUUCAAAUCCCGCAUGCAGAGGCUGACCGCGCACGCGAGACCUUACUUGGAGGAGGUUGUGGAUUGUCUGGAACAAUCUGUGACUGAGAUAUGUCCAAAGCUGUGCUACCGCUGCUCAGGACCUCUUGACAAAGUACGGUUCUGGGUAAUGAGCAUAUUGCCUACUCAGUUGCUGGACAUGUUGAUAUGCUUUGUUAUUCAGCCAAGUCAUAGGCAACUAUCUGGUGUUAUCAAAGAUGGAAAAUCUUCUUGAAAUUUCGAGAAUGGACUAACUGUUUGAUCUGUACAGUGCAUUCUGUAGUAUGUCUCACAAGCAGUGAGAGCGGAAUUAAACAGAAAAGGUUGUUGUUAAGUCGCUAACAUUUGCCACAUUCACAGAA